GUGGCAGCCUAUAAGUUAAAGAAAAAUGGAAGAAAGCCUCAAGUCCAUGUCCAUCGAUUACCUUAACCUUCUCAUCAACGGUCAGGCCUUCAGCGACGUUACCUUCAGCGUGGAAGGCCACCUUGUUCACGCCCACCGCUGCAUCCUCGCCGCUCGCAGUAUCUUCUUCCGAAAUUUCUUCUGCGGCGAUGGCGAUGCUGAUGCUCCACCCUCCCUCCUCAAUCCCCACAGCCCCCGCUCGCCGCCGGCUCGGGGGGCAGUGAUACGGGUGAGCUCCGUUGGCUAUGAGGUGUUCCUGCUGCUCCUACAGUUUCUCUACAGCGGCCAAGUUUCGAUCCAGUUGCAGAAGCAUGAGCCUCGCCCCAACUGCGGCGAUCAUGGUUGCUGGCACACACACUGCACCGCGGCUGUCGACCUAGCCCUCGACACCCUCGCCGCCGCUCGCUCCUUUGGAAUCGACCAACUUGCCUUCCUCACCCAGGUUCAACUGAUUUCCUUCUCUUAGGGUUUUCAUACUCCAUCCCCAUAUCA